AUUUUGGAAAUUUCAACAUUAGAUGAACACAUGUUAAAGGAUUGUGACAAGAGUAAAUUCGUCAAACAAUGUCAAAGAUGUCGUGAAAUAAUAGAAGCUGACGAUUACUUGGAACAUAUAGCUAAACAAUCAUGUAUGACAAUUAGACCUGAUAUUGUUAGAUGUCCUCUGUGUAAAACAGUGAUCAAACCUGCUACUGAAGCUGGUUGGAAAGCUCAUUUAUUAGAUGUUAAUGGUUGUCCAAGAAAUCGUAGAAAAAUAAAAUCCGAUGGUGAACAUAACGAUGGUGAUUGUGGUGCUGUUGCUACUACCAACACUAAUACUGCUACUAAAGAAUCUCCAUCACCAAUUAAAAAACGUUCAAAGGCUACUAUUGGUGAUUCACCAAAAUCUGCGGCUACUAAAAGUAGUGGAUCUACCACUAGUCGUAAAACCACUGGUGCUGCUGCUACCACCACUACAGGAAAGACUAAAAAAACAACAUCAUCUUCAACAACAAAAGUUUCAAGG